GCCACAGAACAGGGAUCUGCCUUUUUGUCAUUAGAGCUCACGCUGGUGGACUAAAGGAGCGAGAUAAGUCUCUGAUCCGGUCCUGGGCCUAGAGGACAAUCCUGCUCAGCAGCAUGACCAGCGAGGUGGUGGAAGAUGAGAUGGAAUUUUAUUCCAAGGCUGAGAAAUACUGGAAGGACGUGCCACCUACGGUGGACGGCAUGCUGGGUGGGUACGGCCACAUCUCCAGCAUUGACAUCAACAGCUCCAAAAAAUUCCUGCUUAAGUUCCUUCGGGAUGGCCCUAACAGGACGGGGACCACCUGUGCCUUGGACUGUGGCGCUGGGAUUGGCAGGAUCACCAAGAGGCUGCUGUUGCCUCUCUUCAAAGCAGUGGACAUGGUGGACGUGACUAAGGACUUCCUGACCAAGGCGAGGACCUACCUGGGAGAAGAGGGCAAGCGAGUGAGGAACUACUUCUGCUGCGGCCUGCAGGACUUCAGCCCAGAGCCCAGCUCCUAUGAUGUCAUCUGGAUCCAGUGGGUAAUAGGACACCUGACAGACGACCACCUGUCUGACUUCCUGAAGAGAUGCAAGGUUGGCCUGCGCCCCAACGGCAUCAUCGUCAUCAAGGACAAUAUGGCCCAGGAAGGAGUCAUCAUGGACGAUGUGGACAGCAGCGUGUGCCGGGACUUGAACGUGGUGCGGACAAUCGUCCGGCGCGCAGGGCUCACUCUCCUGGUGGAAGAAAAGCAAGAGAACUUCCCUGACGAAAUCUACCAUGUCUAUACAUUUGCCAUGAGAUGAACCCUGGUGGGGAGAGGCUGUUUACUCAGAGGUACCGUGGUGCCAGCGUAGAGCAAAGGACCAGCACACGGGUCCCUUCUGGGGGGGGGAGGAUCAGCACACCUCUAGUGUGCACCACACACUUGAUGGUUAAAAUUCAGGGUGGGAUGGGAUGUCCCAAAUAACUCUGCUGAGGCUGGCUGAAAAGAGCGGGUGGGUCUGGUCCGUUGCUGCUAUUUGUGACAAAAGACCUUUGCUAAAUACACUCUCCUGCUGUUGCA